AGAGCAGCAGUGAGCUUUUCUCUGAACAGAGCGCGUUAAAGGUUGAGACUUGAAGCCUCGUUUGGAUGGUUAUACGGCAGUUGAAAAUCAAAUAUCGACGCCCGUACUGAGACAUUAGCCCAUCUUUGCCAACAAGAUGCCAUCCCCGUUCUCGGGCGGCCUGACAGCUAUCAAACCCGACACGUCUCAACCACACGUGGCUGCAUCUGCUGAAGCCGAUGAGUGUAUCAUACCGGCGAAGAGUCCCCACCGGCCACGGAGAAAGGUUAAGAGAGAUGUUAUACCCUGUGUAGAAGUUGUGGGUGAGGGGAAGAGGUGGGAAGUUGAAAAGCGGGAGAUUCGAAAUUACCAGAUCGUGGAAUCCACGACAGUUUUCUCUAAAACUAUGCCGCGCUUUCCAUUUCCCCCGCUCAUAUCUGGAGCCCAUCAAGAGCGGCAUCGGGAAAUCCUGACUCAAAUCCGCACACUCUUUACCGACCCCACCCAAACCCUUUCUGAACACGACUUUAUUGCAGUUACUCGGAUGUGCGGGAUACCGCGCUACAUCAAUCGAGCUUUGUUCAUGAGAUGUGGUGGAGAAGUUGAUGGUGUCGGGGUUUGCUUUGAGGGGUUUGAGAGGUUUUGGAGACGUUUAUUAAAUUGCCCGACCACGCAUGAAACCGUCUUUGCAAUUCUGAGAAAGGAAGGAAAUUCCUUGAGUGAAGACGAUUUCAGGGUUGUUGUUCAAGAUGUCUGUGCUCACCAUCCUGGACUGGUUUUCUUGAGAGAUAUGCCUGUGUUUCAGACUCGAUAUGUUGACACGGUUGUGACUCGGAUAUUCUACGAUAAAACAAGGAAUAUUGUCCCUAGAAUGACGUUUAAGGAAUUUAAAAAGGAUGGGGUAAUGGAACUCGUGCAGGGGUUGGAGAAGGAGGAUGAUAUUAAUAUGACUCGCAACGCUUUCUCCUACAAACAUUUUUACGUCAUAUACUGCAAAUUCUGGGAGCUCGACACCGAUCACGACCUUCACAUCUCCUUCUCCUCGCUCUCUACCUACGAAAACUCUUGUCUUUCCGCGCCCAUUCUCCGCCGAGUCUUUUCGGGGGCGGGACGAGGACAACACCUCCAAAACGAUCUCAUGACCUACCGCGAUUUCAUUUGGUUCAUUCUUGCCGUUGAAGACAAAGCAUCGCGAGCGGGAAUGGAGUACUGGUUUCGGUGCUUGGACAUUGAUGGAGAUGGUGUAAUCUCGUUGUGGGAAUUGCAAGAGUUUUUUGGGGAGCAAGCUCGGAGAAUGGAAGAGUGGAGGAUGAGCGAUUUGUGGAAGUGGGGAGACUUUUUGUGUGCAGUAUUGGACAUGAUAAACCCUAAAGAUCCCACUCGCAUAUCCCUCCAUGAUUUGAGACGCUCAAAUAACGCCGCCCUCAUCUUUGACAUGCUAUUUGACAUCCGAAAAUACGACCUGCAUCUCCGACGGAUUGACCCAGGGUUCCGGGAAUGGGAUGAUGUGUUUGGCGUCGAUGAUAGUGGGGACAGGGUCAAACUAGAGGGAUGGGACAAGUAUGCCGAAAGAGCUUACGAUGAGCUAGCCUUUGACGAAUCGCACAACGAAUCUUCCAACUUUAGCUCAGGCAGGUUUUACAUGGACGACACAGAAUUAUGGGAAGAUGACGAUGACGUUGAUCUGGCAAGGGACACGCGCUUGGAGGAUGAGGACCGACAAGAAGAAAGUCCUGAGGAGCGCGGGACCAGUCCUGAACCAAUGAUAUUGGAUGAGAAUGACGAGGAGGAGACUGCUGUUCCUGAGGAAGUGUAAAUAUAAUGUGGACUGAGGUAGUUUAAUAGAAUAUAUUUAAUUGCUGUGCUACUGCGCUAAGUUAAGGAGAGGUGGGGCGCAAGGAAAUCACAAUUUGUG